GAUCAUGAUGAGUGACAAGUGAUAAAGCAAGUGAAGUAAAGUGAAGUGAAGUAACAUAUCGCAUCAUAGCCCAACAAAGUGUAUAAUUGUAAUAACCGAAGGGAAAUUCUUCCCCACUAUCCCCCGAAUAUAUAAUUUUAUAAUUGUAUUGCAAGUGUGACUAAGAAGAAGCUAUAUCAUCAGCAUCAGACGUCGACGUCGUUGGAGGUCGGCGGCGGAUAUUAUCCGUUCUGUUGUCUUAUGUUCGGAAGUUCGAAUUCUCAUCACAUUUUUCAUACCGAAAAAAUAAAAUAAAACCUACCCCACUUCCUCCCACCCUCUGACUGAAAAAAUAAAACUGAAUAAAAACUUAAAAAAAAAAAACAAAACUUGCGCGCAUAGAUAGUUCUUUCAUUCAGAGUUUUUUGAAAUUUGUAUGUUUAAAUAUCGAUUUUAUUCCGCUUGAGACAAAUACAGCUGAGUGAUUAAUUUCAAAUGACGCUACACUGAAAAGCUCGUUUUUAGGUUAGCCGCUCUUUGCUUUGCGCCCCACGAAUAUUAACUUUGGGGUAGUUCAGAAGAAGUUCAAUUCAAAUAUCGUUGUGCUGUUCUGUGCGCUGUGCUGUGCAUACUAUCUACCCUAUCUAUACCUCUGCUAAGCAGGGUUUAACACCCUUAGUCCCCAUCAAAAAAUAUAUAGUGGCCGUGUCUUCUUCGACGAGGACUUCGUGUUGCUGCUACUUGCUGUGGAUUAUUGUGUUAUAUCGCCUCAUAGUGCUGUCAUCCCUUAAGGAUAAAGGUUUAUGUGUGGAGUUUUUUUUUGCGCUGGUUGCUUUUUGAACCUUCGAGGAACUUGCUGUGUAUAAAUUAGUAAGCCGAGUAUCGGUCGGUCGGUUGUUGUUUUUUUUCGUUUUGUUCAUGCAUAAUACAAAAGACUACGACGACGGUAGCCACUUUGCUAAUAAAGGCCGAGGAAAGAGCAGCAGCAACCCCUUUUGUAAAUAUAAUUAGUUCACAUUCUGAGAAGAAAAACAUAAAAUAAAAUAAAAUAUGCGUGUGACAUUUUUGAUGUAGAACGACAUCAUUUUGUAUUUGUCGCAGCAAUCGUUGUUUAUAAAUCUAAUAUUGUGUCGGUAAAUGAAUUUGAACUAAACUGUUAAUUGGAGACACGAUUUUCAAUUGUUUUUUUUUCUUUUUUUCUGUGGAAAGUUCUUUAUUUAUUGUGAGAAAGUUGUAUUUUUUUUUUAAUAAAAAAAAUAUCAAAAAAAGAAGAACAUGGAUAUAGUAUCGCAUUGUACUAUGAAACACGAGAAUAUGGGAAAACCAAUUAAUAAUAAAAUCCUAUGUCAGACAUCAGGACCGGCUAUUAAAAUUUCAACAACAUUUUUAACAACUAAUCCCAUAAAAUCGGAUCAAGAAAUAUUGGAAAAUUCUAUGCUCGAAGAUGAUCCAAAUGGAAAUUCAACACACGAACAAACAUUUAGUGAAAAAAAAUCACCAAGAUGGGGACCACAGCACAAAGGGGCACAAGAAUUGGCCAAUCUUUAUAGUCCAGGAAAACGUGCUCAGGAACUUAUCUGUGUCUACACCUGCAUCACAUUGAUGAUAAUCAACUUAAUCCUGAUCAUCAAACAUUUUCGUAUUGAUCGUAUCAGCGUAGCAUGUGUAUCUGCAUUCUUUGGCAUAUUGACAGCUGACUUUGGUUCCGGUCUAGUUCAUUGGGCUGCUGAUACAUGGGGCAGUGUUGAGCUUCCAAUAAUUGGAAGGAAUUUCCUUCGACCAUUUCGGGAGCAUCAUAUUGAUCCGACAUCAAUAACCAGACAUGAUUUUAUAGAAACAAAUGGUGAUAAUUUUAUGCUAAGCAUUCCAAUACUAGCUACCUUGGCCUAUAACUUUAUGACAAAGUCACCUCAGGACAUACAAAUGGACUUUGGAUGGAGUUCCUAUUUGUUUUUGUGUUCAAUAUUUGUUGCUUUAACAAAUCAGAUACACAAAUGGUCACAUACGUAUUGGGGUCUGCCUAAAUGGGUUCAGUUCCUGCAGAACCAUCACAUUGUUCUGCCAAGAAAACAUCAUCGCAUCCAUCAUGUUGCUCCUCAUGAAACAUACUUCUGUAUAACAACUGGUUGGCUAAAUUGGCCCUUAGAGAAGUUAAAGUUUUGGCCAGCAAUGGAAGGUUUAAUAGAAUGUCUAACUGGAUGCAAGCCUCGUGAUGACGACUUGAAAUGGGCCAAGAAAAGUGCAUAGCAGCAACUAAAAUCCAUUAUUCAUCAAAUGAUGCGAUUUUUAUAAGCAAUUUAAUAUUAAAUCAAAGUUAAAAUAAAUUAUUUUACACCAAAGCAAAACAAAUCAAACUGAAAAAAAUAUUCACCUAAACCAGCACAUGUUCACAAUAAAUAAAUUUUGAAAUAUUUAAAACACAAAUCAAAUCUCAAAACGCAACGCAAUAAAUCAAAAAUCAUUUUAGAAAAGAGCUUUGAAUUUUUGACACUUCUCUUUUAAUUCAAAACAACGAAAUUUUUAUAUUGAACCAAUUUUCUUUAAAAUCAGACUUUUUCUAUGCAGAAAAAAAUUGUUAAAACGAACAAAUUUUUUAAAUUAUAUAAAAAGGAUAUAAGACUUUGCGAUAAAAAUAUAAAUAAAAACAAAAAAACAUUUUCAAUUGCCUUACACAAAACCAAGAGCUGAGAUUUUAUAUUUAUGUAGUCAUUUAAAAAAUUAAAAUUAAAAAAAAGAAACUAGUAUAUUUUUUAGUAUUUCAAAUUCAUGUAAACUUAUAAAUAAAUAAAAUAUCACUGAAAACACUUGCUACGUGCAUAAUAACAAAAGCAAUAUAUUUAAUAAUAUAUUAUUUGCUAUUUCGUCCAAAUCAUCCGUUUUGUUUUUGCUCUUUUUUUUCCUUCGGUGUAUUUCCUUAAAUAAGUUAAGUUUACUUAUACUCGUAUGUUUUCAGUGUCUAUACAUUUUAAAAUCAUACAUUAAAGCACGUUCCAUUGUUUUGUAAAUUAUUAUUUUAAAAUUGCAUUGUAUACACCUUUAUUUUAGAAUAAAAUACAUAAUGGUACAUUAACAGUAUGUUGCCUAUUCGGAAAUAUUAUAAUAGAAAGCAAAAUUAUUUUUGAAAUAUAAUUGUAUGAAUUUUUAAGAAUUAUUAUAGAA